AUGACUACCUCAACAUUCAGUAAAAAGCUGGUAAGGUACAUGCAGUACCUUACCCCUGGAGUCCAGGUAAACAUGCUCCUCUGGAUCAGUGUUGAUUGCUUCUACACCGUUGUCUACCCCCCAACCUUCAAAGUCUUCAGGGAGAAAGCCAAGAAGAUGAUUCUGUCCUCUUGGCUCCUGGGCGCAGGAUUUGUGGCACUGGCUUUCUUCUUCUAUGGCUCCAGCAGUGACCACCACUGCCCCUUUUUCCCCCACGGGUCUUGGCAAGGAGUUGCCUACAGUAUCACCCAGCUCCUGGUGGUCUUUCUGAUCCCAGCCAGCCUCAUUAUCCUCUUCUACCACCGGCUCAUCAUGUACAUCUGGAGAACAGGCUUUGACGGCAGGGCUGUCAGGGGGACAAGGAAUAUUGUCCCAAGAAGAAAGCUGAAAACCAUCAAGAUGCUCUUAGUGGUGAGCGUGGUGUUUCUCCUGUCCUGGCUCCCUUUCCAUGUGGUACAGCUGUGGCCUCCGCGCAACAGACAACAGCAGAGCUCCUGGGUUUUCCUGGACAUCACCUGGCUCUCUUUCAGCUCUUCAGCUGCCAAGCCAGCCCUCUAUUGCAUCUAUAAUUCAAAGUUCAGAAGAGGGAUGAAAGAAGUUUGUUGUCCCAGGAAAUACUACAGAAGCAAUGCCUACACCAUCACCACCGGUUCCAGGAUAGCCAAAAAUAAUCAUGAUGGCAUUGCGGACAUCCCAGCUCCAGCGAAAACUGUCACCAAAGACUCCAUCUAUGAUGCUUUCUACAGAGAAGUAAAGAGGAGGAAGAUGGCCUGGGCUGUUAAGUCUGACCCUUCAGAUAAUUUUGUCUAG